AUGACAUCCACUUUAAAGCGCACACUCACGGAUAUAAUGGAAGACGAGUUGUACUCUCUUCCGCAGCAAGAACAAGACCAUAUUUCGGAUUACCUGUCGUUCAACGGAUCUCAAGAGUCUAUUCUUAGGCAGCUCGAGGAAGAAAACAAGACCCAGGUUUCUCAAGACCCAUCAGGAAGUUUCGGAUUGCAGCCUUCUCAAAAUGGAGGUUUCGAGAACAUCUACAACUCUUAUGCUAAUCCAAAUCUAUAUGCCAACCUUUCUUUCCCUGAUGAGUUAUACGAAUACGCCCAACACGACACCCAGAAAUUUGUUGAACACGAGAACAUGGAUCCAAAGGAGACCAUGAAGGUUUCUCAACAAGUUUCGAAUAAUACCGAGCCAGACCAAGAAGUUAUGAUGAUACCGCAAGAUGACUUCAUGGUGUAUGACCCCGCACUCACUGAGCAGCAGUUUCUUCCAGAAAUUUUGCAGUGGGAACUGAACCACAAAUCUUUCCCACAAUCCAACGAGUUGAACAUUUUCAAAACAGAUGAUGUUUAUCUUGAUGAGGAAUUCAGUGAUGAUGAUGAGGACGAUGAAGAUCAGAACAAACUUGACGAAAUGGAGAUGGACUUGGACGAUUUAAGCAGCGAAAGCAGUCUGGACGACGAAAAUGAUAAUUACUUGAUGAAACCGGAUGACUUCAAUGAUUCGGCUAGCCCUCACAACUCAAACAGAUCAAUUUACUCGCUCACAACCCCUCAAACUAUCAACCCAAGGUUGGUUCAACAAGACGAACUUUACCAAAGCAACGCUAUCUCCUUCGACGACGAUGAUGACAUGGACGAAGACGAGAAUAAUUUCUCUGACGCUAGUGAUGACCUCUACACUCCUGCUUUCGAACAAAGAAGAGAGAGUGUGUUGUCUGAUCGUAAGCCACCUGUCCUCAAGUCUGAGGUCCAAGAGCAACCUUCCCCAACUUUGCGGAAGCUCAAGACCACUACUCGCCGUACAACGACGCCGCCUGUUGAAGAGAGCAAGGAUGGUGAAGAGGAGGAACACGUUUGUUACAUUGCUAAUCCAAAGACCGGAAAGCCUUGCAACAAGAAAUUCUCUAGACCUUAUGAUCUGGUGCGUCACCAAAACACAAUUCACGCACCAAAGAGAUCUUUCUACCGGUGCAUGCUUUGUGAGGAUGAUCUGAGAAGACGCAACAAUCUGGAGCCUAAUAAUGAGAUUGUGAUCAGUCUGAACUACAGAAACAGUCAGUUCUCAGUUGAAAAUUCGAACGCCAAUGUCGCCAACUCUCACAAUUCCAAGAAGGUGAAAUCAUCCAUGGACAAUGGUGAGUUCUUGAGUAACAAGACCUUCUCCAGAUGCGACGCACUAACCAGACAUUUAAGAUUUAGACACGGUCUUAGCAAUCAACGGGUGAAUGACGCUAUGGAUUAUGCCAAGCGUCAUGUUGAGUUUUAUGAGAAUUAA